AGGUGUUCUUGGAAAAAAGUGCCUGUACUUCAGAGCUGAAUAAGGACAUGAGGAGUAAAAGGACCUGGGAUCUCACUGGCCAGAAUGAAACAGAUGUUGAAAGAUUUUUCAAAUCUAUUGUUAGUAGUGCUCUGUGACUAUGUUCUCGGCGAAGUGGAAUAUCUCCUGUUGGAGCGCCCAGGUCAUGUAGCCCUCAGCAAUGAGACAGUACUUGUGGAAUACCAGUACUACAGUGGUGGUAACGUGACAGCAGAGCACCUCUCCAUUCUCUUGCUGGAUGCCAACACCAAUGAGAUAAUUGCAAGAAAACAACUUCCAGCAAAUCAGUCCCAGGGGAGGAUGGAGUUUGAGUGUUUCCAUUUCAAGAGGGCCGGGGACUUCUUCUUCAGAAUGGCCUCUCUGAGUGAUGAUGGCACUGCUGCCCCGUGGAGCAGAAGCAACGUGUCCACCCUCCACGUGGAAUGGCCUGUAUUUCACAUUGAUUUGAACAAGAGUGCAGAGGUGCUCGGGAGCUCCCUUCAGGUUGGGCUUUUUACAAACGAGCACUUGUGUGCCAUGAAUGAGACAGUGGUUGCACUGGAUGUGAUUUUCACCAGCACCCUUUAUGAAUUUGGGAGAGUAAGCUCUGAUGAUACUCUGGGCAUUAGAACUAGCAAAGGAAUCCUGCUCUCUAGGGCCCAGUGGGUAGAGUUUGAUUGCCCACCUAUUGGUCAAGAAACAUAUAUCACUGCAUUACUGAAAUCAUUAGAAACACAUUCCAUCAUUGCCUCCACAGGACCCAUAGAUCUCCUCCACAAAUUUGGAUACAGACUGGUUGUGGCCCCAGAAGCAACGUGCAAAACUUUGGUUCAGGUCUCCAUAUUCUCUCCCCCAUGCACUUCUGUCAGCGGAAAAGUUGUCGUCUACAAAGAGGCUCCCAAGCAUCCUAGUCAAAGAGCAACCUGGCUGUAUGAAAACACCCUUCACCCAGGAGACAACAGGACAGAGUUUAACUGCACUUUGUUUGACGUGGGGAAGAACAAGUACUGCUUCGACCUCUUUAAUUUCUCAAAGCGAAGCCAUUUCCCAGCAAGAGUUAAGGAGUGUGUGAUGAUCCAGAGGAAUAUGGAAACGUGGAGCCCGUGGCAGCCCUGGAGCCCCUGCAGCGUCACCUGUGGGGACGGCGUCCGGGAGC